UAAGCUUCCAGUAGGCAUGCGCCUAGUAAAUAUUUAUUUUUGCUGGAGUCGACUAUUCAAAACUUCACUCUUCCAGCUCACCAAUUCACGAUUUGCUUGAUUCGAAGAUUGCAUUCUAAGGGCACAACACACAUCUCUUCACCAUGGCACCAGAAACACCAAAAGUAGCCUCAUCGAGGCUUCUGACGAUGAAGUUUAUGCAGCGCGCCGCAGCGUCUGCGGCUUCUUCGCCAGACUCGGAUGGGCAGUCUAGCAAGAAGAGAAAGUAUGAACACAGCUCACCGCAAGGAAGACUGAGCGACGCAAUCGACAAAGCUGCUAUCAGAGCAGCACUAGAAGACCAAGAAUCAAAACGAUCAGCCGCACUACAGCAACACAAAGCUGCCGACACACAUUGGGUGCUUAAGCCGUCCAUCACAAAGCCCACCUCUGCAACGCCACCGACAGCACCGAUGAAUAUUGUGUACGUUGGAUAUGGAGAGAUAGACUCUGCAGACGAUAGUGCAGACGGGGAGGACGUUCCGUCGCAGGGACGCACGUCUACGCGCAAAGCCAAGCCCCCAAAAGUAGAUAAGAAGGAAUCAGACGAUGAUGAAUCAGACAAAGAUUCGGGCGACGAGGACUCCGACGACUCCCCGAAACGCAAGAGAGCGGCGUCCGAUGCGAACCGAAGCAGGUCACAGUCUCGAUCACGUUCGAAACAACCAACGGCCGAACUAUCUAAAGCCAAAGAGUUCCGGGAUAAGAGGAAGAAAAAGGACCUUAGUCUGAACAACAUGACAUCCAUUUCCAGUGGUGGCGGCAACUCAUUUUCGAGAAAAGGCGGACGCAGGUAGUUUGAGCAAACGCCAGUCUACGGAUUGAUGCAUGCAUGCCUAGGAUCGUCGUUUGCAUUUGUUUUUUCUUUGUCAUAUACCCUGCAUAUCGGAACGAGCAUGGCGUUUUUGAAUUUUGGAUAGGACAUAUUUGUUGUAUAUAGCAUAAACGACUGAAUGAUAUUACCGGUCUCUUGCUCAUGUGAGCAACCAAUAAAUUGCUGCCUGUUGAUAUAGUAGAAGCGGUAUAAGCUUGUGUCGUAUAGCGCACUGAUAGUGAAUGUAGUUGCCUGGUCGCACCACCCGCGUGCCCGUGCGUGCGUUGCA